AUGUCUCACCAAACUGGAAUUAUUGCAACAUCUGAGCUGAAAGAUUUUUUGGCCCGAGCGAGGGGAGGUGCCAUCAGAAUCCUGAAGAUUAUUAUCAGAAACGAGGAAUUGGUGCUACAUUCAUACAAAGAGCCAGCCCGGAGCUGGGACAAGGAUUAUGACCAGUUCCUGCUUCCUUUGCUCACGCCUCUAGAGCCUUGCUACAUCCUCUACCGCCUGGACUCCAAGAACGCGCAGGGUUAUGAGUGGAUCUUCAUCGCAUGGUCACCUGACCAAUCACCAGUGAGGCAGAAGAUGGUGUAUGCAGCGACUCGUGCCACACUGAAGAAAGAGUUUGGAGGAGGUCACAUCAAAGACGAAGUAUUUGGGACGGUGGAGGAAGACGUGUGUUUCCAGGGAUACCUUCGCCACAGGUCCUCCUGCUCCUCCCCAGCUCCUCUCACAGCAGCUGAGCAGGAGUUACAACGAAUUAAAAUCACAGAGGUAACAAUGGAGUUUGGCUUGGACAAACGGGCACAGACUCUUCAGGGUCUUGCGUUUCCUUUACAAGAAGAGGCCAAACGAGCUCUGCAGCAACUCAAGCAUAAACGCAUCAACUAUAUCCAGCUGAGGCUGGAUGUAGACAGAGAGACCAUCGAGCUGGUUCACACUAAACCUACAGAAAUCCACGAACUUCCCUACAGGAUUCCCACAGAUUCACCUAGAUACCACUUUUUCAUCUUCAAACAUUCCCAUCAGGGCCAGCAGGAGGAAGCUCUGGUGUUUAUAUACUCGAUGCCUGGGUACACCUGUAGCAUCAAGGAGCGGAUGUUAUACUCCAGCUGUAAGAACAGGCUACUGGACGAGGUGGAGAGAGACUACCAGCUGGAAGUCACUAAAAAGAUGGAGAUAGACAGUGGUGAUGGUCUGACAGAAGACUUCCUGUAUGAGGAGGUGCACCCCAUGGAGCACACUUUAAAGCAGGCAUUUGUCAAGCCCCGUGGCCCGGGAGGGAAAAGGGGCAACAAACGCCUCAUCAAGGGUGCUGGAGAAAACGGGGAAGAAAAUUAG